CUUGGAGACAUGGCGUCGUUUUCAAACGUGUCAAAUUUUUCUCUCUUCGUUUUGACAGCAUUGUUGACAGUUUUGUUUGCAAGUGGAGCAGAAAAACAAAAAGAUGUUGAGUAUAAGGAUAUCACAUUCAUCGUGUUGUCCCAGCCUAAUUCAUUCCAUGCCAAAAGGGCACAGCUCUUAAAGGAGGACUUUGAGAAACAAGUCAAGCAACUAAACUUAAAAGGGGAUGAUCGUCCAGGAUUGUAUCUUCUCCAUGAGACAGAAGGCCUGCCAUCUCUGGGAGUAUGGACAUUAUUUCCUGUAUUUUCAGUGUUUCCAGAUGUUUUCCCAAGUACACCAUGGGUAUUUUUUUGUGAAGAAGAAACUAGGAUAAAGCUACCUAAACUGUUGAAUCUUUUGAAACGUUUUGACUCCUCAAAGGAUGUAUUCCUUGGCAGAGGGUUACAUGACGCACAAAUAAGUAUCAUCCAUCAUUUCUACGGCUCUGAUGACCCUGAAGCCUUUGCCAUGCCUGAUGUAAGGGCUGGCUUUCUUCUCAGUCAACCGCUGGUGACCAGGUUAGCUGAAAUGAUGAAAGAUCUACCAGGUGCUGAUUUGAAUUCAAUUGACUUCAACAUUGAUCCUAAACAUGAGUUUGCUCGGUAUUUACUAGAGAAACUAGGUACAAGUCUGACAGAACUGACAGAACUCUGUGUACUCGACUCUGAAGAUUGUGCUACAUACGACAAUUUGAGGUUUCCCCAAUGUGGUGCUGCUAUACCUGAUGAGGACUUCACUGUUGCUGUGAAAACCUGUGGCAAAUUCCAUGCAGACAGAGUUCCUGUUGUGAAGAAGACAUGGGGCCAGGAGAGCAGCAACAUCGAGUACUUCAGUGACGUUGAUGAUUCCAGUAUACCUACCAUCACCCUCGGCGUCCCUAAUACAGAGAGAGGCCACUGUGGGAAGACCAUGGCCAUUAUCAGAAGAGCUGCCGAGAGGAAGGAGUUCGCUGGCAAGAAGUGGCUGCUGAUAGCAGAUGACGACACCAUUAUCAGCUUGCAGAAACUGAGGUUGAUUUUGGCCUGCUAUGAUGCCAGGGAAGAAAUAGCACUGGGUGAGCGGUAUGGCUACAUGUCGGCAAGAGGCUACGGCUACGACUACAUCACUGGAGGAGGGGGGAUGCUGUUCAGCUGGCCUUUGUUGAAGCAGCUUGCCAAGGAGUGCACCUGCCCAGCUGAUGACUCUCCAGAUGAUAUGAUCCUUGGCAUGUGCCUCAAGAGAAUGGACAUAACAAUAACUCACUCACCCUAUAUACACCAGGCUCGGAUGGAGGACUACAGUGCUGACUUUCUCAAACACAGAAGUCAUGUGUCGUUUCACAAACACUGGGACAGCAAUCCUGUAAAGACGUACGAGCUCCUGCAGAGAGACGUCACCUCCAAACAUGAUGAACUAUAGAUGCUACAAUUAAUGGUUUGGUGUUAGCAUAAGGGGUGGUUGUUAACAGGAGAGGUGCUUGUUAACCUUUACAGAUAAAGGCCGUAUCGGCGUAUGUACGGAUAAAAAAUAUGCACGAUACAGUAGAAAAUAAUUUAGAACACGUAGCACAUAUGCAUCACUGCAUUGCUGCACUGUUUUUGAAUCAUUUACAGACGUAUUUAUCUGAAAAAGUAUUGUUUGAUUGUUUAUUGACCUGUUUACACAAGAGUAGCAAUGUUGUGAUGCAUAUAUGAAACGAAACACAAGAUUAUCGAUUCGCAAAAUUCCAUUCAGUACUCUAAAUGUACUACUCUUAAGUUUUCCCAGUACUCCUAUGUUGCAAAAAUAAGGAGUACGUACUCCUGAUGUUGAAAAAUUAUCUGGAGCCCUGUUAACUGAAGAGUUGGUCAGGUAUUGAGAUUGUUGUUAUAACUGUAAGGGUAACUAAAGGGGUUGUUAACUGAAGGACAUGUGGUUAAGUGAAGAGGUUGUUAACUGUGGGAGUAGUGGAUGACUAAAGGGGUUUUUACUGAAGGGUUUGUGAUAACUGAAUAACUGCUCUACACUGAAGGAUUUUAUCUCAACUGAAGAGAUUGUUGUUUACUGUAUGGAUAGCUGAUGGCUGAAGGGGUUGUUAACUGAAGGACAUAUUGUUAACUGAAGAGAUUGUAGUGAACUGUAAGGGUAGUUGAUGGUGAGGUUGAUGUUAACUGUAGAGGUUGAUGUUAACUGAAGAAGUUAAUGUUAUUUUAAGAGGUUGAUGUUAACUGCAGGGGUUCAUGUUAAAUGAAUAGGUUGAUGUUAACUGCAAGGGUUCAUGUUAACUGUAGAGGUUGAUGUUAACUGCAGGGGUUCAUGUUAAAUGAAUAGGUUGAUGUUAACUGCAGGGGUUCAUGUUAACUGAAGACAUUGUUAGCUGUAGGGGAUGAUGUUAACUGAGGGAUUCCUUUUUAUGUGAAAAGAGAUUCUUAGCUUUAAUGUUAACUGUUAGCUCAAGGAGUCACUAACUGCAAAGGUUGCUGCCUGAAAAGGGAUGCUGGUGUAAAAUUCUGCUCAAAGGAUGGACAGACAAGCAGCAGAGGAACAUAGAAGUAUAUCCAGUGUUCUUGUAGCAACUCAACAACUGAUUAUAUGACAUUGUAAAUAAUAGAAUAAUACAUGCAACUCUGUUGUACAAUAAUGUAUACAUAUUUUGUUUAAAACUGGUAUUUAUACAGAAGUUGUUGAUGUAUAUUUUCACGGUUGUAUGGAAGGGUCACAUGGUCUGUUAACCCCCACACUUCGGGAGAAGCUGUUAUGUGUUUUAUGUACACUGUCUACUGGUGUUUAAAACAGUAGCGAAACAUGUACUUAGUAUAUUAUAUGUUUUAUACACAGGGUUAACUGUUAUAGUAUGUAUAUGUGGAAAAUAUAUGCAUGUAUCUUACCUUUCAGAUUGAAUGAGGGUGUUAAAUGUUGAUGCAAGUAUUAGUGCCAAUUUCCUUUAUGAAAUCCACCAAAAUAUAUAUCCAUUCUUGCAUCUAGAAAUGUUUUCAAGAGGAUGAA